AUUUCUAACACUCUCUGGACUGAGUUACUAAAUCGUGUGGUGGUGGAAUAGUGACCCUUCUUACCCUGUAGCACCCUAGGUAGGUCAUUAGGGCUGUCAGCUAAGAAAUCCUCGGCAAGAAUCGACCCGCUCAGGUGGUGCUCAUGCCGCCUGCGCCCCGCCAGGCCACCACCACCACCACCACCAUCCCGGCAGUGACUAGAGGCAGCUGUGCAGGGGUGAUCUUUGAAGGCCCUGGGACGUGCGCCUGGGUGACCACUCCUCCAAGGGCCUCUUCCAGCAGGCAUGAGGUGUGGAGACGAGGGAAGGGAAAGACGGUUUUGAUGUGAGAGGAUGAAGUGACCAGGAACAAUGGAAAAAUUACAGGAAAAACAAAUUCGACACCCAAAAUUCUAAAAAUAUAGAACACAUAUAUAUGACCAAGACAAAAAAAUUAUAAUUUAAAAUGGCUAUUCAAGAUCUACAACGAUUCUUGGAAUCACAAGUCCCAGGUGCAUGUGUUCCUGUGGAUCUACUGAAGAUUGCUAAAAGUGUAGGGAUCCGGCGCAGCAACCACCGCAGUGCUCCCCGGGGCCUGUAUGGCCAUGUUCCUCUCACCCUCGUUGUGGAUGGGGAGUAUUGCCUUGACAGACUCUAUGGAGGAUUUUUUUCAGACUGGGUGUGUGGGGGACAGUGGAAUCGCAUGGUGCAGUUUUUGGCAGUGCUUAUGCAAACAGUCCAGAACAACAACAUAGAACUAGCUGUGUUCUUCAAUGGUGCUCUUGAACAACAACGGCUCAGUGAAUGGGCCAGGCAUGAAUGUUCUCUUAGGAAAAAUGUAAAUUCUGUACUAAAGCAUGUGACAGUUAAAGGCACACCUCCACCAAAAGUAUGGUGGGUCGCACCUGUUGGACUGCGCACCUGCCUACGCAUGGCCUUGCGCCAUCUCAACAUACAAGUUUUAUGCACAAUGGAUGAUCACCAUCAAGAAGUCAUAGCAUUUUGCCGUGAGAAUAAUUAUCAUGGGCUCAUGGCAGAAGAUGCUGAAUAUAAUUUUGAUCCUCCUCGGUAUUUCUCAUCCCACCAGCUCAAACUUACGUACAAGGGUUCCCUAGAGACCAAAGAGUUUAUUCUAGACGAGGUGGCCCGAGGUUUGGGUCUUCAGCGCAACUACUUCUGCUUACUGGCUGCACUCUUAGGAAACUAUUUGCUUACAGAGAUAGAUCUUAAGGAUUUUUAUGCAUCACUGAUUCCAGGAUAUGAGAAACAGCAGACACCACAAGAAGAUGUCAUACGUGCUGUGGUCAAGUUUAUAGUGAAUCGGUGUGAUGUGAACAACUUGUUGACUAUUGGAGCACAAGUGUUUGGUUCUGUAAGUGAUCCUCGAGUGGCCAAGUUCAAGGAAUCUGUACAAUACUUCCUCAAUGGCACGAAGGAUGGUUUUCUUCGUUAUAAGCCAUUUCCUUCAGGGAGGCGAGACUGUGGUCCCAGGCAUGCCCCACACCACUACCACUCUGUGCAUAGACCGGAGAUCAGGGAGCCCAAGCAGUUUGAGGGCCCAAGCAGACUUGAUACCUUCCCUAAAUGUGGAGAGGGGUCAGGUUUACCUGUCCCAGGUUUGGCUGUUGUUCCUGAGAAGGAGAAUGGGGAAAAUGGCAGCGGGACUGCCAACCUUGUGACACCUCCUCAAAUUGUAAUUGAAGUGACAGGCCCUGGGAGCCCCCAGAACAGCAGUCGAGGAGGCAGUGGCAGUGGCUCACGUUCUCCUGAUGCUGCCCAGCUGGAACAAGCACUAGAGUCCCGUCUUGGUGGCUUUACUAUUGUAGUGACUGGGGAAGAUGACGAGCCACACCCUGCCAGUGAGAAUCUUAAUAAUGGGGAGAGGGAAACACAGAUUGGGAGAGAGGAUGAGAAAGUGGUGGAUGAAGGAGGGCACCAAGAGGAGAGGGAGGAGGGGGAGGAGCAGCAUCAGAAGGGGGACCUGACAGUACAGCCAGCCGACCUCGAUGACCACGACCACGACUCAGGUGGCGGUUGUCUGGGGUCAACUGCUUCAGGCUCUCCUGGUGCUUCGCUCCUGUUGUCAUCCUCCUCUUCGUCCAGCAAUAGCUCAGCUGCCUCUCCUUAUCGCCUUACCCCUGAUGUGUCAUGGGCAGCUCAGGUGUACCGCUCCAACCACACUUCACAGUCCAGUAGUCCAAUUGAAGGAAAUCAUGAAGCAGGCCCUCAAAUUGAUCCCAACCCUCUCCCUCUGCCCCCUGUGCCUCAUGAGGUCAUGCGAACUGCCUCUGAGCGUCAUCAAAAAGGACUAAUGUGUCCUUGGAUAUAUCAAGUUCUAACACAGGGAGAAGUAAAAUUUGGUGUCUGCAUGGAAGAUGAAAACAACAGAGAGCUACCCAAUGCUGUUUUGUUCUACCGUUCCAUUCGACAGUCAGUAUAUGCCAUUUUGUACAACCUGCACCAUCAUACUUUUAUGGCCCGCAAAGCUAAGGAGGAGGGCCAAAAAGGAUUGGCUACUGAAGUACCUGAAGUUAAGAUUCGUGAGUGGGCGUACACGAAAAGUAAUCCUUACCGCACUGCUGAUGUAGUAGAAGCUAUCCCCAUUAAUUGGGCUGUGCCAACCGUCCAGAGGUUAUGGUUUGGGUCUGUUGUGGAUGACAAGAAGCGCCGGCUAAGGGCUUUCUUGAGCUGCAUGAGGUCUGACACACCUUUGAUGCUUCACACAUCUCAUGUGCCCCAGCAUCUUCUCAUCAUGGCAACAGUCCUUAGAUAUAUAAUGAGCACUCCAAAUGGUCCUGUAUUGAGAAAGCAAGAAUUAGAUGCUUUUCUGCUGACAGCCUUCUCGUCUGAUCUCACAAAUGCACAUUACUUGCAGGACCUGCAGCUUCCUCUGGUGACAUCUAGAGGGUCUCAAUUGGCAGCACUCUUCAUGAUGGGUGUAGAGACAGCCUUGUUUGCUAAUGAUGCUUGUGGUGCUCCAGUUCCAUGGCUCAUGUGCUGUCCAUGGCUCUUCUUUGAUGGAAAGCUCUUCCAUGCAAAGUUGAUAAGAGCUAAUUGUGCCAGAUCUCUUGUAGAGGUGUGUGAUGGUGAAAUUGAUUUGGUUGCCAAAGUUGAAAGAUGUAGACAGGCCAUCUUGGAGGGACUGAGGGUAGAGUUUGCUCACCAACCUGCCCCUCCACUUCCUGGGGUGAGCACGCACAAGGUUGGUCCCCCACCACCACCUCCACACUAUCCAGGGUUUAACCAUUAUAGUGGUAGAGGCAGAGGACGAGGAAUCCCAGGGAGGACUGGCUCUCACCCAGGUGGAGCAGGAAGAAUGUUUUCACGUGGAGGCCAGUUGCAGGUGGCUGGUGUAGUGGUUGGCUCCUGGGGACCCAACUAUGGUUCUAAUGGUAAUGACAAUAGAAGCAGAGGAAUCAGACAUCCACAGUACAGUGGUUACGGUAACAGGGAUGCUGGAGGAACUACUUCCAACAGCAGAGUGUCUCGGGGAACACGAGGACGACCCACUGUUUUGGCCAAGAGACGGACUAUAAAGAAACGCGAGGUGCGCACAAGUAAAGGACGUGGGGUCACUAUCGAGAUACCAGGCAACAGCCGAGCUGUGGGCAUGAAGGAGUUGGUGGUGGUGCCUGGUGGGGGAUAUAAUAAUGGCCAAGUGAACCAUGAUGGAGAAGGUCUCAGCCCAUAUCCACCCCACACUUCACAGAGUCACUCCUCCAGUGGCCUCAAGAGUCCAGACUCUGGUGUUAAUGUGUCCAUCCUGGAGUAGACAUAGUUGGAUUGUAAACAAGGAGGUUGAUAAUUUUUGGCUAUGGGUGAAUAGUUUGGACAAUAGCUUGAGCAGCUAGAAUCCCUACAUGACUUCUAGCAUAGAUGACUUUAUGGUGUUGAUACCUGAUAGGAUUAGCAAAUCUUUCACUCUGUAAUGUGAUUAAAUAUAAAAAAUAGCAAAAGAUACAGUACAACAAGGGCAUUCUAAAUAUGUAGCUCUUUCGAACCCAUGGCCAGAAAUUACCAUUCCAAUUGUCAGCAAUCAAUUAUGUUUAGCUGCCACUUAGGCAGUCACUUUGCCACUGCCAGUAAUUAAUUCUACAUAAACAUCAUUCAUUUACCCCAUACUUGAUAAAACAUAAUGUUACCACCAUUUCUAUAAGAGAUAUAUCAGCGCAAUUUCUAGCUGUAUGAGCUUAUUAUGUUGUCAUGGAGGUAGGUAGAGAAGUAAAAAGGUUAUAUGCCAAUGAUUGACAAAAUUCUUUAGAAUAUUUUCAUAUUAGUGACAAGGAUUUUACUAUAGUUAUUAUUGUAUUUUGUUACUUAUCAGAGAAUCUUCAAAUUUAGAUGAAGGUACUAAUUAAUACUGAUGUGAUCUCACAAAUAAAUUUGGUAGAAAAUUACCAAUUCACAAAUUUCAUGAGACUAAUUAUGCAGAUUUUUGUUGUAAAGAUAAUGCAGUCUUCCACACAUUCAUAUUUGUUUGAAUGAGAAUUCCAUGAUUCAGUUAUCUGCUUCCAUGACAUAGUAAUCAAGAACAUAAAGGCUGUUUUCCCAUUAUUAUGGGCUAAAUAUGUAAACACCUUUUCAUUAUGGAGCUUAGCUUCAUGAUCCCCAGUAUGCGACAAAUUUUUACACCUGUCAGACUGUCUGUGAUGUUAGAAGCUCUACAUACAGAUGCUAUCAGAGACUAUGAACUUUCAGAAUAGAUUAUUAAGGCCUGCAACAUUUUUAGAGUAUAAUUUUGGUCUCAAAUUGAAGUGUUCUGAAGGUCAUAGUUUCUGAUCUCAUCAUAAUUGUACUCCCAGAAAGUACAAGGUGGGCAGCUGCAGACACUGAGUGCAUGCCAUGAGAAGGUGCCAGCUACCCCCUCCGCUGCUGUUAGACACGAAGUAUAUAUGAAGAUGAAUUUUUAUUUUUAUAUGACUGUUAUAUUGUUAAAAUGGUGAUGGAGACACUUGAAGAAUGAGACUUGUUGGAAGUAGGCAAGUUUGUGGUUAUGUUUCAGGAAGGUGAUAACCACUACCACAGACAGCAUGGCUAUGAUUGCAUGCAUAGAAAGCCUGACAAAGAAUUUUGACAAAGCUAAUGAAAUCUACUCAUUUUACUAUUGCUGGAUUAUGUCAGAUUUACAUAACCCAAUAUAAGAAUAGAAGAAUUUUUGAAGAAUACAGAGUUUAGAUGGUUCAAUUUUUUGAUGAGAAUAUGACAGUAGCAAGGGUUUUCAAGUUUUGUAUUUGCAUAUAUGCAAUGCACAAUUUAGUUAUGGUUCAUAAAGCUUUUAAUGAGAAUGCACCAACUUCUAAAAGCUUAUCAUGUCAUGAGAUGAAGGAAAUUUAAAUGGUACUUUAAUAAUUUGAUGUAUUUGAUGCUUUCAAUGAUGAAAAUCUUAUAUAUGUUGAAGGCACUACCCAGGACUGCAAAGAGAUGGCAGAUAGAGUGUAUGUGUGUAUAACAUAGGAUCAGUCCUGGGUUGAUACUUUAGCAUUCAUGUUUUUCUUUGAUAUUUUUAAUUUUUUAGUAAGAAUAGAUUUUUUCUUCAGUAACAUUCUUUUUCAAUAACAUUUCAUUAAACCUGAAUGCAGUCCUUAUUUUAUCAAAUGAAUUUAUCUUUUUCAUCUUCUGUAAUGAAUCAAGCUUUCUCAAGUACCAGAAUGAUACAAAUAACCUAUUUUCCAUAUGAUGCCUAAAACGUUGAACCAUCCUCUCAGUGCACCAUUUAACUCCGUGUUUAUGGGUGUUCCCCUUGCAACCCCCAAAAAUUAUCCCCCCACAUGAUAUGAGGUUAGGGUCAUUAUGCCAUGGCUUUUAUAUAAAACUCAGAAUUGUUGUUCCAUGUAUUAACAUGUAAAGUGUUUAUAUGGCCCAUGCUAUUUGAUGCCCUUAUAUAAUACUGUAUCACUGAGUGACUUGCAGGUUAACAAUCGUAAUUGGUGAGUUUUAGUGAGGACUGCUGUUAGUAGCACCUUCUUGCUAUAAAGCUAUAAUAUUGGACAUUGAUUAGAUGUUAAAUAUAUCAGCUUGCUCAUGUUUCAUAUACAUAUUUCAGCCAUCAGAUUGUUUUAAAGAAUUUUGUAAGCAACUUUUUAAAGGAAAAAAGUUGCUAUAUCAUUGACAUUUGAAAUUAUAUUAACCAAGGCUAAUAUAUUGUCUCGGGUAAUACCCAGUGAGCUUUACUGAUUGCUACUGUAAUUUUUAAUGAUGGAAUUUCAUUUAAUGGAAACUAUAUUAUCUAAUUUCCUUAGAAUUUAUAUUCCCAUUUUAAUGGGAGUAACUUUGUUACAUUAUCUUGCAACAUGUCUGUGUUUCAGUGAGGGGCCCAUAUUUGUGUCAUAACUUAAGUGUCAUGUUCAGCUAAUGGAACUUUCACAGUCCUGUUAUGCACUCUACCAUAUGCUGCUACAUUAUAUUAAAACCCCACAAGCCAAUAAAUUGGAGUGAGGUCAUAUUAACAAAGUUGAUAUUUUUUAUCUUAAAAUGUCACAUAUUAGCUCCAAGUCCUUUGUGAGGAAGACUUUGCUCACCUAAGGGCUUCAUAUUAAAUUGAAACAAAUUUUUGGUGGGCCUGUAAAAUACUGAUAGAGUCCUAAUCAAAGUAAAAAUAAUAUGAAUUUUAGUUCAUAACAUUUGUUGUUAUUUCCUAAAGCAACACUGGAUUGCAGUUUUAAUACUUGAUAUUUGUUAAAUGCAAAGUAGUAUACAUAACACUUAUUGACUAACAAAGUUGGGUACUGUCUUCUUCAUCACAAGGAGAAUUUCAUGCCUGGACUCUAUUUACCAGGUUGCUUAAAUGUACAUUGUAUACAUGCAACUGAAAAUUUAAUAGCUACUUGCAUCAUAGCAUUAGGACAUUAUGAUAUAAGUAGAUCUAGUGAGGGCAAGGUGUCUUGCCUAAUGUUUCAAAUAGAUUAUGUGUACAUUAUCUACUCAGUGUUGAAAUGCUCAACAGUAAUGAGCCUUGAAUGGAAAUUAUUAAUGUUCACACUAUGGGAACUACUUUAGCAUUGGUACACUCAUCAAUAGUGAACUUGAAAAUGACAAGUUAACAGGUUGUAAAUCUUUAUGCUCCUAGUUUGAUGUAGUCCAAGGCCUUCCAUUAUUUACAUUUCGUUGGGUGUUUUAAUAAUUUUUCAAUGCUUUUGAUUUAAGUGCUCACAAGCAUGUAUUUCUCUGGAUAUAAUAAUGCUAGAAAUAUUAUUCAAUGGUCAGCAUAUGCUAACAGUUGUAUAAACCCUGCAACACAAUUUAGAAUUUUGGCCAUAAUACAUAAGUGCUUUUAAGUACAUUAGACAUUGAUUUUGUAAGUGCUCUGAUAAAUAUUAUUAUGCCUCAAUUAAGGCAACUCUAAGUAACUUCCUUGCAGUUAUUGAAUGGGCCCCUCCUUGAUGUUAUGCUUAAAACAUAAACAUUUUAUUGGUGGAGUUGUGUCAGAAGAGCAGGAAAUCCAUGAUGAAAUUUAAAUUCAUAACUUCGUAAUGUGAAUGUUCAUAUAUAUAUAUAUAUAUAUAUAUAUAUAUAUAUAUAUAUAUAUAUAUAUAUAUAUAUAUAUAUAUAUAUAUAUAUUUAAUAGUCUCUAGGUAAAAAAAAAAAUAUUACAUUUCCUAAAAUAUACAACCCAGACUAAAACAAUAUUGUUCUCAUCUGCCAAUGAACAUAUUCACUUAAUCUUCCUACACAUAACACUCCUCCAAGUAAUGUUCUGUUGUUACUGAUGAACAAACUGUUGGAGAAUUGCUGGAUGUGCUGCCAGGGAAUAGUAUAUAAUUGAUGGAAAUAUUUUGCCUGAUGUAGCUCAUUUCCUGUUCUACUUGCACAAGCUUCCAUCUCAAAACUGAUUGUUGUAUCAAUACAGAAAUAUUCAUUAACCCAAGCAAGUUUGAAUAGUUAUAGUAAUGUGAAGCAAAAUUUUAUGAAGAUAUGAUACUAACCUUGAAGGGACACAACAAACUUGUUGGGAAAUGUUAUGUUGUGUGAGUUCAUGUCAUAUGUAGUUUACAUUCCAAACUCUGGAGUGUUUUUGUAAGUAUUUGUGCAUAGUAGUGUGGUGUUUUCAGGGUUAACAGGUUUUCCUUGCUUUAUUAUAAGUUGUAAAAAGAACUGUAACAAAAAGUGUAACCAGAACUAAUUGAUUUGGUUAUUGUUUAAGCUUUGCAGUAGUAAACAAUUAUUGUGUACAAAUACUUGCAAAAGACUUCAGGGAUUGGCACUAUAUCAAUAUCCAAAUUAGAUAUUUUGUGUGAUGAUUAGCCUGCAGCAUCAUUUUUCAAAACUGUUUUGGAAUGGUUGGGAUAGUAUUUAUUUGAGGAUCUCCAUGACUGUCUGUUAAGAUUUGAAACUUGUGAUGUCGUAUGGCUUUCUUCCUGCAAAAUAGCAUUAAAAAAAAUUAAGCACAGUGGUAUAUUUAGACUUGGAAGAGUACGUCUGGUCAGUAAAAGGAAGGAGUGAAAAGCAAAUUGGUAGUUGGAGUAUUAGGAAGUAGGUGGCUGGGAUGAAAAAAAAAAAAGAAAAAAAAGAAUAAAAAAGUUGGAAAGAAAAUCAUAUAUUUGUAGAAACCAUGAUACUUUGGAACAUAGUUUAUAAUGAAAAAAAUUAUUUUACCAGUAAGUUUCAAUCAACUGUUAUUUCAACUGAAAUAAUUUUAGAUUCAAAAUGUUUGAAGUUAGAAAGAAAUAUUUAUUUAUUUUUUUGUCAUAUACUCAGUCUAUACUAUACCUAUUUGAAUAUACUAUUUACCAGUCAUCAAACUGGUCAAUAACAAGGAUUGUUGUGACAACAUUAUGUAAAGCUGAAGAUGUGUAUGAAAGGCUUGGAAAGUAAAGGUCAGUUGGAA